GCGGUUGUGUUACUGAUUCUCACUUCUAGUCAAAUCUAUAUGUUGAAAUGCGUUGAAUAAAUUCUACAUAUGUAUUUAUGUCUAUGUAUAUAUAGAGCGAUCGAUACACUCCUCAGUAUUCGUGCUUGCUUCUUUUAUUGCAUGAGCUUACAGGAGACAAAAAUGGCAGUGAUGAAUCUCGCUUUCUUCUUCUUCUUCACUAUCUAUACUCUUCUUGGAGCUUACCAUGCUCGUCAUUUACAUGAUGGAUGUGUAUACCAUAGCUUUAAUGGACGACCACCUGCUAAGACGUCGGAGAUAAUUCAAAUGGUAACCGGUGAAGAAGAACCCCAGUCACCACCACCUCCUCCACUUUCAUCGUCAGAGGAACAGACCACUUACAGCCGAGAUAACCCAAAUGCACCACCGUCGCAAGGCCAGACUGUUUAUGGACGAGACAGUAUGGAAGGACGCCCUUCACCUAAAAUAGCACCGUCUGAUGGGGAAACGAUUUACGGCGGAGAUAACCCAGAAGCAAGAUUACCGUCGGAAGGCCAGACUGUAUACGGCGGAGACAAACUGGAAGGAUCACCUUCACCAACAGGACCAUCUCCUGAAGGUCAGACAAAUCAUGGUAGAGAUAACCCAAAAGCACCACCGCCACCAAAAGUAGCACCAUCUCGGGGUCAAUCAACUUACGGCGGAGAGAAUCCAAACUCAAACAGUCCGACCAUAUAUGGUGGAGCCGGAGUAGCCAAGAAGAAGCUAGCAGAUUUUCUAGCUCAAAUAAUUCCGUCAUACGAUGAGAUUGUAUACGGCCGGGAUUAUCUAAAAGCUCGGCCAUCACCUACAGAAGGACCGAGUGAGGGUGACGCGGUUUACGGUAUGGAUAACCCGAAAGCACCAUCACCACCGGUAGCGCCUUUUCGGGGAGCUCCGCCGUCAUUAAACCCAGAUGGUGUAGAGGACUGGUCAACAUACGGUCGUGAUGACCCAACAACACCACCGAUUCCGGACCCAAAUGAUCCAGAAAACCAAGGAAUAUAUGGUAGAGUUGCCCCGAGUGCACCAACCCCUCCACAACCAGCUGACCCAACACGGCCGAUGUUAGUCGAUGGCGGCGUUUAGUAGUGACAUUGAAAUAAAACAAGAUGAUCAGUCGCUCUCUAUCGCCUCUUACACCACUAGAAUAUUUAAUAAAUGGUGCUGACGUGGAAUUUAAUUAUUUGGCAGAUGUAAACUUUUAUUUUUUAUGUAUUAGACUAAAAUAGUUUUGUUAAACAAAAUAGAAUAUAAUAGAAUAUAUGUUCUUAUUCGUUUCUUUAUAAAUUUACAGAGACACGAAUUAAAGGGCGACUAUGUAACGUCACUUCAGAAUUUUAAUAGGCACGAUUACCAGGGGAGAUUAUGUAACGUGUAAUAUGUAUGGAUAUGAAUAAAGGGACUGCUAUGUAAAGUCUAAUAUGUAUGGAAAUGACAACCGAGAAAAGAUCUACAAAUACUCG